GAGUAGCCGCAGCCGCCAGUGGGGCCGCAGCCGCGCAGACGCCGCCCAGGACGCAGCCGCCGCCGCCGCCGCUCCUCUGCCGCUGGCUCUGCGCCCCAGCCCGGCUCUGCUGCAGCGGCAGGGAGGAAGAGCCGCCGCAGCGCGACUCGGGAGCCCCGGGCCCCAGCCGGGCCGCCGGAGCCACCCACAGGCCUCCCCGGGCGGCGCCCACGCUCCUACCGCCCGGACGCGCGGAUCCUCCGCCGGCACCGCAGCCACCUGCUCCCGGCCCAGAGGCGACGACACGAUGCGCUGCGCACUGGCGCUCUCGGCGCUGCUGCUACUGUUGUCGACGCCGCCGCUGCUGCCGUCGUCGCUGCCGUCGUCGCCGUCGCCCUCCCAGAAUGCAACCCAGACUACUACGGACUCAUCUAACAAAACAGCACUGACUCCAGCAUCCAGUGUCACCAUCAUGGCUACAGCUACAGCCCAGCAGAGCACAGUCCCCACUUCCAAGGCCAACGAAAUCUUGGCCUCGGUCAAGGCGACCACCCUUGGUGUAUCCAGUGACUCACCGGGGACUACAACCCUGGCUCAGCAAGUCUCAGGCCCAGUCAACACUACCGUGGCUAGAGGAGGCGGCUCGGGCAACCCUACUACCACCAUCGAGAGCCCCAAGAGCACGAAAAGUGCAGACACCACUACAGUUGCAACCUCCACAGCCACAGCUAAACCUAACACCACAAGCAGCCAGAAUGGAGCAGAAGAUACAACAAACUCUGGGGGGAAAAGCAGCCACAGUGUGACCACAGACCUCACAUCCACUAAGGCAGAACAUCUGAUGACCCCUCACCCUACAAGUCCACGUAGCCCCCCACAACCCACUUCGACGCAUCCUGUGGCCACCCCAACAAGCUCGGGACAUGACCAUCUUAUGAAAAUUUCAAGCAGUUCAAGCACUGUGGCUAUCCCUGGCUACACCUUCACAAGCCCGGGGAUGACCACCACCCUAUGGGAGACAGUGUUUCACCAUGUCAGCCAGGCUGGUCUUGAACUCCUGACCUCGGGUGAUCUGCCCACCUUGGCCUCCCAAAGUGCUGGGAUUACAGGGAUGAUGCCGAUUCCUUCCCCAGAGGAUUGUGAGGAUUCAGUAGGAAAGUACCUUCGAGGCACCCAGUCCCUUGCACAAACGUCAUCGGUUAUCUCACAAAGAACUCAACAGACCUCCAGUCAGAUGCCAGCCAGCUCUACGGCCCCUUCCUCCCAGGAGACAGUGCAGCCCACGGGCCCGGCAACGGCACUGAGAACACCUGCCCUGCCAGAGACCAUGAGCUCCAGCCCCACAGCAGCAUCAACUACCCACCGAUACCCCAAAAUACCUUCUCCCACUGUGGCUCAUGAGAGUAACUGGGCAAAGUGUGAGGAUCCUGAGACACAGACACAGAGUGAGAAGCAGCUCGUCCUGAACCUCACAGGAAACACCCUCUGUGCAGGGGGCACUUCGGAUGAGAAACUGAUCUCACUGAUAUGCCGAGCAGUCAAAGACACCUUCAACCCGGCCCAAGAUAAGUGCGGCAUACGGCUGGCACCUGUUGCAGGAAGUCAGACCGUGGUCGUCAAAGAAAUCACUAUUCACACUAAGCUCCCUGCCAAGGAUGUGUACGAGCGGCUGAAGGACAAAUGGGAUGAACUAAAGGAGGCAGGGAUCAGUGACAUGAAGCUAGGGGACCAGGGGCCACCGGAGGAGGCCGAGGACCGCUUCAGCAUGCCCCUCAUCAUCACCAUCGUCUGCAUGGCGUCAUUCCUGCUCCUCGUGGCGGCCCUCUAUGGCUGCUGCCACCAGCGCCUCUCCCAGAGGAAGGACCAGCAACGGCUAACAGAGGAGCUGCAGACAGUGGAGAAUGGUUACCAUGACAACCCAACACUGGAAGUGAUGGAGACCUCUUCUGAGAUGCAGGAGAAGAAGGUGGUCAGCCUCAACGGGGAGCUGGGGGACAGCUGGAUCGUCCCUCUGGACAACCUGACCAAGGACGACCUGGAUGAGGAGGAAGACACACACCUCUAGUCCGGUCUGCCGGUGGCCUCCAGCAGCACCACAGAGCUCCAGACCGACCACCCCAAGUGCCGUUUGGAUGGGGAAGGGAAAGACUGGGGAGGGAGAGUGAACUCCGAGGGGUGUCCCCUCCCAAUCCCCCCAGGGCCUUAAUUUUUCCCUUUUCAACCUGAACAAAUCACAUUCUGUCCAGAUUCCUCUUGUAAAAUAACCCACUAGUGCCUGAGCUCAGUGCUGCUGGAUGAUGAGGGAGAUCAAGAAAAAGCCACGUAAGGGACUUUAUAGAUGAACUAGUGGAAUCCCUUCAUUCUGCAGUGAGAUUGCCGAGACCUGAAGAGGGUAAGUGACUUGCCCAAGGUCAGAGCCACUUGGUGACAGAGCCAGGAUGAGAACAAAGAUUCCAUUUGCACCAUGCCACACUGCUGUGUUCACGUGUGCCUUCCGUCCAGAGCAGUCCCGGGCAAGGGUGGAACUCCAGCAGGUGGCUGGGCUGGAAAGGAGGGCAGGGCUACAUCCUGGCUCGGUGGGAUCUGACGACCUGAAAGUCCAGCUCCCAAGUUUUCCUUCUCCUACCCCAGCCUCGUGUACCCAUCUUCCCACCCUCUGUGUUCUUACCCCUCCCUACACUCAGUGUUUGUUCCCACUUACUCUGUCCUGGGGCCUCUGGGAUUAGCACAGGUUAUUCAUAACCUUGAACCCCUUGUUCUGGAUUCGGAUUUUCUCACAUUUGCUUCGUGAGAUGGGGGCUUAACCCACACAGGUCUCCGUGCAUGAACCAGGUCUGCUUAGGGGACCUGCGUGCAGGUGAGGAGAGAAGGGGACACUCGAGUCCAGGCUGGUAUCUCAGGGCAGCUGAUGAGGGGUCAGCAGGAACACUGGCCCAUGGCCCCUGGCACUCCUUGCAGAGGCCACCCACGAUCUUCUUUGGGCUUCCAUUUCCACCAGGGACUAAAAUCUGCUGUAGCUAGUGAGAGCAGCGUGUUCCUUUUGUUGUUCACUGCUCAGCUGAUGGGAGUGCUUCCCUGAGACCCAGUAUGAAAGAGCAGUGGCUGCAGGAGAGGCCUUCCUGGGGCCCCCCAUCAGCGAUGUGUCUUCAGAGACAAUCCAUUAAAGCAGCCAGGAAGGACAGGCUUUCCCCUGUAUGUCAUAGGAAACUCAGGGACAUUUCAAGUUGGUGAGAGUUUUGUUAUAGUUGUUUUCUAACCCAGCCCUCCACUGCCAAAGGCCAAAAGCUCAGACAGUUGCAGACGUCCAGUUAGCUCAUCUCACUCAUUCUGAUUCUCCUGUGCCACAGGAAAAGAGGGCCUGGAAAGCGCAGUGCAUGCUGGGUGCAUGAAGGGCAGCCUGGGGGACAGACUGUUGUGGGAACGUCCCACUGUCCUGGCCUGGAGCUAGGCCUUGCUGUUCCUCUUCUCUGUGAGCCUAGUGCGGCUGCUGUGGUUCUCUUGCAGUUUCUGGUGGCAUCUCAGGGGAACACAAAGCUAUGUCUGUUCCCCAAUAUAGGACUUUUAUGGGCUCGGCAGUUAGCUGCCAUGUAGAAGGCUCCUAAGCAGUGGGCAUGGUGAGGUUUCAUCUGAUUGAGAAGGGGGAAUCCUGUGUGGAAUGUUGAACUUUCGCCAUGGUCUCCAUCGUUCUGGGCGUAAAUUCCCUGGGAUCAAAUAGGAAAAUGGGCAGAACUGCUUAGGGGAAUGAAAUUGCCAUUUUUUGGGUGAAAAGCCACACCUCCAGGGUCUUAAGAGUCAGGCUCCGGCUGUAGUAGCUCUGAUGAAAUAGGCUAUCCACUCGGGAUGGCUUACUUUUUAAAAGGGUAGGGGGAGGGGCUGGGGAAGAUCUGUCCUGCACCAUCUGCCUAAUUCCUUCCUCACAGUCUGUAGCCAUCUGAUAUCCUAGGGGAAAAGGAAGGCCAAGGGUUCACAUAGGGCCCCAGCGAGUUUCCCAGGAGUUAGAGGGAUGCGAGGCUAACAAGUUCCAAAAACAUCUGCCCCGAUGCUCUAGUGUUUGGAGGUGGGCAGGAUGGAGAACAGUGCCUGUUUGGGGGAAAACGGGAAAUCUUGUUAGGCUUGAGUGAGGUGUUUGCUUCCUUCUUGCCCAGCGCUGGGUUCUCUCCACCCAGUAGGUUUUCUGUUGUGGUCCCGUGGGAGAGGCCAGACUGGAUUAUUCCUCCUUUGCUGAUCCUGGGUCACACUUCACCAGCCAGGGCUUUUGACAGAGACAGCAAAUAGGCCUCUGCAAAUCAAUCAAAGGCUGCAACCCUAUGGCCUCUUGGAGACAGAUGAUGACUGGCAAGGACUAGAGAGCAGGAGUGCCUGGCCAGGUCGGUCCUGACUCUCCAUCGCUCUGUCCAAGGAGAACCCGGAGAGGCUUUGGGCUGAUUCAGAGGUUACUGCUUUAUAUUCGUCCAAACUGUGUUAGUCUAGGCUUAGGGCAGCUUCAGAAUCUGACACCUUGCCUUGCUCUUGCCACCAGGACACCUAUGUGAACAGGCCAAACAGCCAUGCAUCUAUAAAGGUCAUCAUCUUCUGCCACCUUUACUGGGUUCUAAAUGCUCUCUGAUAAUUCAGAGAGCAUUGGGUCUGGGAAGAGGUAAGAGGAACACUAGAAGCUCAGCAUGACUUAAACAGGUUGUAGCAAAGAGAGUUUAUCAACUCUUUCAGUGGUAAACUGUGGUUUCCCCAAGCUGCACAGGAGGCCAGAAACCACAAGUAUGAUGACUGGGAAGCCUACUGUCAUGAGAGUGGGGAGACAGGCAGCAAUGCUUAUGAAGGAGGUACAGAAUAUUCUUCGAGUUGUAAAACAGAAUACGGGUUUAAUCUAGUCUAGGCACCAGAUUUUUUUCCCGCUUGAUAAGGAAAGCUAGCAGAAAGUUUAUUUAAACCACUUCUUGAGCUUUAUCUUUUUUGACAAUAUACUGGAGAAACUUUGAAGAAGUUCAAACUGAUACAUAUACACAUUUUUUUGAUAAUGUAAAUACAGUGACCAUGUUAAUCUACCCUGCACUGCUUUAAGUGAACAUACUUUGAAAAAGCAUUAUGUUAGCUGAGUGAUGGCCAAGUUUUUUUCUCUGGACAGGAAUGUAAAUGUCUUACUGGAAAUGACAAGUUUUUGCUUUUUUUUUAAACCAAAAAUGAAAUAUAACAAGACAAACUUAUGAUAAAGUAUUUGUCUUGUAGAUCAGGUGUUUGUUUUUUUUUUUAAUUUUAAAAUGCAACCCUGCCCCCUCCCCAGCAAAGUCACAGCUCCAUUUCAGUAAAGGUUGGAGUCAAUAUGCUCUGGUUGGCAGGCAACCUUGUAGUCAUGGAGAAAGGUAUUUAAAGAUCUAGUCCAAUCUUUUUCUAGAGAAAAAGAUAAUCUGAAGCUCACAAAGAUGAAGUGACUUCCUCAAAAUCACAUGGUUCAGGACAGAAACAAGAUUAAAACCUGGAUCCACAGACUGUGCGCCUCAGAAGGAAUAAUCGGUAAAUUAAGAAUUGCUACUUGAAGGUGCCAGAAUGACACAAAGGACAGAAUUCCUUUCCCAGUUGUUACCCUAGCAAGGCUAGGGAGGGCAUGAACACAAACAUAAGAACUGGUCUUCUACACUUUCUCUGAAUCAUUUAGGUUUAAGAUGUAAGUGAACAAUUCUUUCUGCCAAGAAACAAAGUUUUGGAUGAGCUUUUAUGUAUGGAACUUACUCCAACAGGACUGAGGGGCCAAGGAAACAUGAUGGGGGAGGCAGAGAGGGCAAGAGUAAAACUGUAGCAUAGCUUUUGUCACGGUCACUAGCUGAUCCCUCAGGUCUGCUGCAAACAGCAUGGAGGACACAGAUGACUCUUUGGUGUUGGUCUUUUUGUCUGCAGUGAAUGUUCAACAGUUUGCCCAGGAACUGGGGGAUCAUAUAUGUCUUAGUGGACAGGGGUCUGAACUACACUGGAAUUUACUGAGAAACUUGUUUGUAAAAACUAUAAUUAUUGCAUUUUCUUACAAAAAUAUAUUUUGGAAAAUUGUAUACUGUCAAUUGAAGUGUUUUUGUGUAAA